AUGUCUUUCAAACUAUACACUACAUUACUUUUACUAGUUUUUAUUGGGAGUUUCCAAAAUGCUCAGAGUGCCAAUAUUUUAGCCUUAGUCAUUAACGGCCAUCAAUCCCAUUUACUGGUUUAUUCAUCUGUGGUCAAUUUGCUGGUACAACGAGGUCACAAUGUAACAGUGAUCACUACCUUAGAUAUCAAAGAUGUAAUGGAUGUGGAAAACAUAAAAUGGCUGAAGCUGUCUAAUAACUAUACAGAAACUGUGAUCACAACCAGAUCAAAUCGUAUCAAUCCUCUGGAUAAACUUGAAAGAAUGAUUAAACGCCUUGAAAACACAAGCAAAUUCAUGAAUGAUCCUCAAUGGCACGCAUUUUUAAAAAAGGAAAAUCAAUAUGAUCUUUUGAUCAUGGGUUAUUUAUUCAAUGACUACCAAUUGGGCUACGGAGCUUACUUUAAGUGUCCAGUGGUAUUAAUUUGGACUGGGCAACCUAUAGGAUUUGUGCAAAGUUUAAUGGGCAAUCCCGAAGAAAGAUGGUAUGUAACCCAGCCCUAUGACAGUCAUCAGUUUAAGGGUAUUAAAGCUAUAGUUUUUGGCUGGUUUGAAAAAUUUGUGGAACUCUUGGCUCUUGACAAAAUGAAGCAGAUUUAUAACAAACAAUUUCCAGCCAAGCAAUAUCCCUCAUUUAAGGAAAUACGAAAAUCGGUAUCCCUGGUAUUGUGUAAUCAUCAUACGCUCAGUGAAGGACCAAUAGCUCCCUAUUUACCUUCUAUAAUAGACAUAGGAGGUAUUGAAAGCAAGUUAACUUCCCUUGAAAAUAAAUUUAAUCUCAAUAGCUUUAUAGAACCCAACGAAAAUGUUAUAUAUUUCAGUUUUGGUUCUAGAGUUAAAUGGUCAUUACUACCAAUUGCCUUAGAACAAGCCUUUAUAGAAGCUUUUCAAAACUUUUCCAAUUACACCAUUCUAUGGACUUAUGAUAAAAAUUGCUCGGAGCUGGAAUUAAAAUUUCCCUUAUCCAAUGUUAAAUGUAAAUCAUGGUGGCUUCAAUCCACUAUAUUAAACUCUUCACACACCAAACUCUUCAUAACUCAUGGCGGUAAAGGCAGUAUGACAGAGUCUCUAUGGUAUGGUAAACCCAUGCUGGGUAUAUCCUUUUUUGGCGAUCAAAGAGCCAAUGUAGAUAAAAUUGUUAAAAAGGGAUUUGGUUUAAAAUUACAAAUAGGUAAUAUUACUUGUGAAAAUGUGUUAAAAUCUUUGAAACAGCUUUUGGGGAAUGAUAUUUAUGGUACUAAUAUUAAGAAGUUUUCAAAAUUGUAUCAUGACAGACCCUUAGGUAGUGAGAAGAGUGCGGUAUAUUGGUUAGAAUAUGUUUUGAGACACAAAGGUGCUAAACAUUUGCAGAGUAUGGCUUUGGAAUUGAAUUUCAUGGAGUAUUAUUUAUUGGACAUUUAUGGCUUAAUUUUAGUGAGCUUUUUAAGUAUUCUGUGGAUUUUAAAUAUCUUGGAGAAAAAACUAAAGCAGCAGUGA